UGCAGGAUUUCCCCUCUCGGUGUGGCCUUCUUGAUUGCUGCCAAGAUUAUUGAAAUGGAAUCGAUUGCCGAUACCAUACAGUCACUGGGUUGGUACUUUGUAACCGUAAUGCUGGGUCUGUUCCUGCACGGUUUUGGUACCAUUGCUGUUAUAUUCUUCUUGGGUACUCGACGUCUACCCUAUCCCUUCAUUGCCAAACUCAGUCAGGUCUUGGCCACAGCCUUUGGCACUGGCUCCAGUUCUGCCACUAUGCCUUUAACCAUUAAGUGCUUGGAUGGCAUGGGCAUAGAUCCACGAGUAACACGUUUCGUUAUCCCAGUGGGAGCUACCAUUAAUAUGGACGGUACUGCUUUGUAUGAAGCUGUGGCCGCUCUCUUCAUUGCUCAAUACAGAGAAAUGAGCUAUUCAUUUGGUACCAUAGUGGCGGUUAGUAUUACAGCAACAGCAGCUUCUAUAGGUGCUGCUGGUAUACCACAAGCUGGUCUUGUAACAAUGGUCAUGGUAUUGGAUACAGUGGGUUUGGAACCCAAAGAUGUAUCACUAAUUAUUGCCGUUGAUUGGCUGCUAGAUCGUUUCCGUACCACCAUUAAUGUUAUGUGUGAUGCUUUGGGCACAAUUUUAGUGAAUCAUUUAUCCAAAAAGGAUUUGCAAAAUGUAGACAGAAUAAAUGCUGAACCCCAUGAACUGCUGGAAUUAGGAGCUAAUGGCCAUGACAAGGAAUAAAAUAGCUGCCAGCCCACCCCGGUAUAGACAGCAUAGUCAAAAGCCAAAUGUAGCAGAAUUUAGUUAUUUGUAACUUAAAUUUAAACAAAAUACAAGAAACACAAUUACGACGUGCUGCUUUAGUUAAGCAAUUUAUUUUUGUACAGACAGAUGUGUUCGCUCCAUUCCAGAAGCACGUCUCUUGUCUUCUUCAAAAAUAUCUUUAAAAAUG